GAGCCGCCGCUCGGGGCCCCAUCAGCGGGGUAGGGCUGACCUGCAGCGGCCUUGAACGGGAGAAAUCGAAAGAAAAGCGGGCGGGAAAGGAAACCAGUGUUCUUCCACUUUCGCUUCCCGUCUCUCCUGAGGAAUGCGGGCGCUGACUGACAGGACAAGGGGGAAUGGCUCCACACCGACAGAGGGCAGGCUGAGCUUCUGCACGCCGUGCCUGCAGGAAUGUCUGAAGCCCAAGAAGCCAGUCUGUGGGGUGUGCCGCAGCACCCUGGCACCUGGGAGCAGAGCUCUGGACCUGGAAAAGCAAAUUGAAACGACAGAAACCACUUGCAACGGCUGCCAUAAAAAAAUGUACCUGUCCAAGAUGCGCAGCCACGCAGCCUCCUGCUCCAAGUACCAGAAUUACAUCAUGGAAGGUGUGAAGGCUGUUACUAAAGAGCCCCUCCACAACACCAGGAGCUUCCCAAAUCGCUUCACCUUCCCCUGCCCUUACUGUAGCGAGAAGAACUUUGAUCAAGAGGGACUGGUUGAACACUGCAAAGCUUUGCACAGCAUGGAUGCAAAACAAGUGGUUUGCCCAAUUUGUGCCUCAAUGCCAUGGGGAGACCCCAAUUACAGGAGUGCAAACUUCAUGGAGCACCUGCAGAGACGCCAUCGCUUUUCCUAUGACACCUUUGUGGACUACGAUGCUGAUGAGGAUGAUAUGAUGGCACAGGUUUUGAUGCGCUCUUUGAGGGAUAAGUGAUCCAGCCAGAAGAUUUACUGCAAACCCAAGCUUCCACGAGGGGGAAAUGCCCAGCAUCCUUGCACUUCUCCCAGCACAUCCCAAGAUUAACUCAGGCAUCCAGAAGUACAGAAGACUUUAAUCCUAUCUCAGUUUUAAAUCCUGGUUUGAUACUUCUGUACCGUUCAGUCUUUCAGUAUCAUGGUUUCUGACAUUCAGCCCUGUCAGCCCCAUUUUUCUACUUGCUUAGCCUGUUUCAUUGUAGAUCAACAGGUGGGAACCAAGUUUUUUUCUUUACCUAUGCCUAUUGGUUUCUUUGAAAGUUGUGUUUAUUUGACUGUCUAAAAUCAAAAACAUUCCAAAUGGAAUGGCCUGAACUAGUUAAUAAAUAUCUUCCCAAUCUCA